AUGAGCUUUAAAUUGUUAUGUAGAUUUUUAAUACCUCGACGUUUUGAAAAUGCGGUUAAUACUAUCUUGACUAUUGUACUAGUGAUCUGUGUUUUGUAUUUCUACAACGAAUAUCGGAAGUUUCAUCCGGAAAAACUGCCAUAUCAAGAGGGAAAAGUAUGGCCUACUACUGCGCUUGUUUUACAUACGAAACCACAGGUUGGGGUGGAAAGGAAUGGUAUGUAAAUGAGGUUUUAGACGUGUAUUUUACUUAGGCAGUUGUAUAAUUAUUUGAAAAUUUUUAAAUUUUUAAAAAAUAUUUUUAAUUUAAAUUUUAAGACAUAUAUUUUAAACGAGUUCUUAAUAUUUUUUGAAUUUUUUAGGUCCUGGAGAGAAUGGAGGUCCCGUAAUACUAAAAGGCAAGGAAAAAGUAAAGGGACAGCAGGAUAUGAAGACAUGGUUUAUGAACGUUGUAGCCAGGUAAAACUAUUUUACUAUGACAUAUUUUUAACAUCAACUGAAGUUAUUUUUAGUGACAAAAUAUCUCUCGACCGCUCAGUUCCCGACUCUCGCCAUCCAAAGUGUAAAAACGUGAAAUACGACAAUGAUCUACCAUCAGCAACUGUUGUAAUUAUCUUCACUGACGAAGCAUGGACGCCGCUACUACGCACGGUACACUCAGUUGUAAACCGAUCACCUGAAUCCAUUUUAAAAGAAGUUGUCUUAAUAGACGAUAACAGUCAACGGCCGGAAUUGAUCACAAAGCUACCGGACUAUAUCAAAAAAUUUGGCGGGUUAGUACGAUUGGUGCGGAAAACAGAACGACAUGGAUUGAUUAGAGCUAAAAUCGCUGGAGCUAGAGAAGCUCGUGGUGAUGUUGUAGUGUUUCUGGACUCUCAUUGCGAAGCAAAUGUAGGAUGGUUAGAACCAAUCGUACAAAGAAUCAAAGACAAUCCAACAGCCGUCGUCUGUCCGACUAUUGACCAUAUAUCGGCCCAAAGCAUGGCAUACAAUGGUGAUCCGAAUGCUGAAGCUGUUGGUGGAUUUUGGUGGUCACUUCAUUUUAAAUGGGAUCCGCUUCCAGAAUCCGAAAGGAAACGAAGAAAAAACCCCACAGAGUAUAUAAGAUCUCCUACUAUGGCUGGAGGAUUGUUGGCCGCCGAUCGGAAGUACUUUUUAUACGUUGGUAGCUACGAUGCUGAAAUGGACAUUUGGGGAGGAGAAAAUCUGGAGAUUUCGUUCAGGGUAAGACAAACAUUGAAAUUUUACCGAAAAAUUAAUUUUUAGGUAUGGAUGUGUGGAGGAUCGAUAGAAAUUUUACCUUGCUCAAGAGUUGGUCACAUUUUCCGUGAUGGCCAUCCAUACAAUAUGACUGGUCGUGGUGGUAACAAAGAUGUGCAUGGUACAAACUCAAAACGAUUGGCCGAAGUUUGGAUGGAUGAUUACAAGCGGUUGUACUACCUUCAUCGACGGGAUUUGAAAGACAAGGCAAGCAUUAAAAGAUUUAAUAGAUUAAGUUUAGCUUAAAUUUAUUAGGCUUAGAUUUACUAGUUUCAUGUGCGUAAAGUUAAAUAGGCUUAGGUUAGGACAGCUUAGGGGAAUGCUUAGUAAGUUUAGACUUUGUAAAAUUAUGUAAUAAUGCCGCUUUAUAAUCAAUGUCCGCGUCUAUAUAUACUCAUAAUAUAUGGCACAUAAAAAGUUAUUGCGUACACAAAAAUAAUAUAUUGCGUAAGAUUAGGUCUAGGCGUAGGCUGAAGCUUAAGCUUAGGCUUAGUCUUAGGCUUAGGCUUAGGCUUAGGCUUAGGCUUAGGCUUAGGCUUAGGCUUAGGCUUAGGCUUAGGCUUAGGCUUAGGCUUAGGCUUAGGCUUAGGCUUAGGCUUAGGCUUAGGCUUAGGCUUAGGCUUAGGCUUAGGCUUAGGCUUAGGCUUAGGCUUAGGCUUAGGCUUAGGCUUAGGCUUAGGUAGGCGUAGUUUUAGGCUUACCUAGUAAUGAUGUCGUGUAACUGCAGAAGACAGGUUUAUAUACUCUUAGAAUAUGGCAGAUAAAAGCUGCCUGGUACAGAAAAUUGUUACAAACAAGCGCUCGUGGUAAUUUUGUGCUUUGUUUUACAUCGGGGCAACUAUUAAGACCUUACGAAAAUACAAUUUUUUUAAUUUCUUAAAUGUUGUGUAUAAUAUAUACAUAUCAGUGGUAUAGAUGACGCCAUUUUUUUAAAUCUGUUACAAAAAGGAUAUGAGAAUACGAUUUAUGAAACUUUACAUCUCCUUGUAACUUAAAAACCUGCAAUUUGAAGAUAAUGUUACUUUUCAGUACGUAGGCCCGCUAGAAGAUCGUCAUAUUUUACGUAAACGUUUGAAAUGUCGCAGUUUCAAGUGGUUUUUGGAUAAUGUAACUCCAAAUAAGUUUGUACCAGAUGAAGAUGCAUCGUUUUUUGGAUCUGUGAAAGCGGGUGAAAAUUCGUUAUGUAUGGAUACGAUGCAGCGUGACGAAAAAAUGGAAUACAAACUAGGAUUGUUCUUUUGUCAAGGUGAAGGCAGCGCAGCACAGGUAAGUUUUUAGUAAGAUUAUGAUGGUUACUAAGCAUUGGCGAAUGGUAUUGCUGGCGGCAGGAUGAACUUUCUGUAUAUCUGUUGAGUGAUGUAAUAAUAAUGCGCUAUUUAUUACUGUAAUUGCUUUUACAGAUGAUGUCGCUAACUCCAAAUGGCCAAUUUCGACGUGAAGAAUCCUGUGCUAACGUAGAAACCAGUACGAGAGAAAUUAAAAUGACACCAUGUAGAUCACGUGACGUGUAUACUGAUUGGGAGUACGAUCAAGAUGUAUGUUUGCACACUGGUUUAAAUAUUUUUUGCAAAUUGAAAUUUUGAUUUUAUAUGACAUAUUUUUUUAAUUUUGUAAAUUAUCAACUUACAAAAUGACUUGUUCCAGAGCAAGCAACUAAAACACAAGCCUACUGGCCUGUGCAUCGAUGCAUCAGGCCUUAAAAGCGGGUCAAAUGUUAAGGUAUCGGAAUGCAAGGCUAAUUCUUUAGGACAACAAUGGAAGUUUAAUCAUUGA